GCAGAAGUCUUCCGCCACUAGAGGCGCUGCACAGCCAGGGACAAAACUGCACUUCACUUCAGCAAUGUCCUCUACCAGCUCAGUCGUUACUCUGUGCAUUUUCUGCGUUCUUUUCUUCAUCGCGUCUACAACCGCCGAAAGUAGAAAUGACAGGCCAAUAAUUGGUAUUUUGGCUCAGGAAACAUCUGUACCAAGUCACCAGGCUCUAGGAAAGUCCUAUAUUGCUGCAUCUUAUGUCAAAUUUCUGGAAUCAGCGGGGGCAAGGGUGGUGCCAAUAAGAAUCAACUUACCUGAAACAGAGUAUGAAAAGCUUUUCAAAUCUAUAAAUGGUGUCUUAUUUCCUGGCGGUGGUGUCAACUUGACUUCAUCCGGUUAUGCUAGAUCUGCAAGCAUUUUCUACAAACUUGCCAUAAAGGCCAAUGAUGGAGGUGAUUACUUUCCUAUCUGGGCAACAUGUUUAGGAUUUGAGGAAUUAACAUAUCUCACCAGUGGAAAACUGCUCUUAUCUGCUACUAACACCACAAAUGUAACCCUUCCACUGAAUUUUCAAAAAGAUGCCAAUAGCAGCAGGCUCUUCAAAGACUUCCCUGAAGAUUUGCUGCAAGCUCUUGCCACAGAGCCGUUGACAGAGAACUCUCAUCGCUGGAGCUUGUCUGUUGAAAAAUUUAAAAAGAAUAAAAAACUUCAACAAUUUUAUAGCAUUUUGACAACUAAUAAAGAUGAGAACCUGGAGUUCAUAUCAACGUUUGAAGCUUAUAAAUAUCCAAUAUAUGGGACCCAGUGGCAUCCAGAGAAGAAUCCAUAUGAAUGGGAAAAACCUGUCAUUCCACAUUCACCUACUGCAGUGAAGGCUACAUUUUAUGUGGCUGACUUUUUUGUAAAUGAAGCCAGAAAAAACUUUCACCACUUCACAACUGAAGUUGAAGAAUCAAAAGCACUGAUUUAUAACUACAGCCCUGUUUACACAGCAGGCAUCUCCAUUUAUGAACAAAUGUAUUUCUUUUCUUGACGUUUUUAUAAAGCCUUAAACUUUAUUGUUAAAAUUAUUGGCUGGUUUCAGCAUUUUGAAUGGUGUUGAUAGACAUUUAUGCACUUUUAGAUUAUUUUGAUUGCUUGAUGAAACCCAAAAUUCACUUCUUGAUUUCUGCAAUGAACACUAUGUGAAUUAUUUGUUUAAAUGCUAAAGAUUUAUAUAUUAUUUUUAUUAUAAUAAAAAAAAUAAUCCUUAGUUAAUUUGCUGAGUGGUCUGAAUUUUAUUAUUAAAAAACAAGAAAUCUCAGUCCAUAUCUGCAUGUUAGCAGGUCAUAAAUCACUGGACAGACUGCCAUUGUCAUCAGUUAAGUGUCCAGUUAGGUUGGAAUUGCCCUUUGAAAUCCAUAGUAGUUUUAUUAAACAUUGUACAUUUCCUAAUAAAACAUGUUUAGUUAAAUUCAUGGAAUUUCACUGGUCAAUUGAAGAGGACAUUGAUGAUCCGAGCUGUAGUGUAUGAUGGAUGCAAGUAGUACUCAACAACAAAAAAUGUUUUUCUGUUUUAUUUCGUCUUUUACAUGUUGGUACAAUCGCAGUUAGUUAUAAAUAAUUUGUAAAAUGUGCUUCCCAAUGAACAGAUGAAACAUUGGUAGUCUCCUAAGGUGUAACCUGCUGCUGGCUUGGCAUUUAGGACUUUGCAUUGAUUGGAAAUGCUAUUUCAAAAACCUUUUACCAGCUUUAUUAAUAAAAUACCGUAAUUAUAUAAAA